AUGUCUGCUUCGGCCGAUCCCAUCGACACAGUCCUAGUCCGGAAUGCCGAUGCCUGCGCCCCCUGGUUGACAAAACAUCAGCUGUUGCAUGACUAUCACGGUGCAUACACGACAGCUCGGACUGUUGGCAGACGUGCCAUCUUCGAAUUCUCGAUGCAUCUCCAACGGAUGCUGGAGACUGCUACGGCCGUCCUCCGUCGCGCAAGCGAGCUGCCGGAGGUGCCCGAGGCACCGGCGAAGGCCCUGAAAUUCCUCGAGGGUGGCGUGCAGGCCCUGCGGCCUGAGCUGGUGCGCGAGUGCCUGGCGGCCCUGAGAUAUCUGGACAGCCAAAACCAGCAGCCGUUGAUGGAAUACCAGGUCACGAUGCUUCUGACGUGUGACACAGUGGGAGAUCACACGCCUCAAAGAGGUUUUGACGUCUUUACCUUCGUGCAGCCGAUACCUUACGUUGAACCCAUGGUUAGAGUCGCGGCGCAUCCUGCGGAGAGGAGGAAUCCCACCAUCAAGGAUGUGCAGUGGGUGCAGGAUCGCGCGAGCUUGGAGGAGCUUCAGAGGGAAGAGGCCGUGAACGAGGUGCUGAUGUACGACGGCAGCGGCGAGAUCACGGAAGGCUUGCAGACCAACUUCUUCGCUGCGCUGGCCGACGGCAGCCUGCAGACGGCUCCCGAGGAGCGAGUGCUCGCGGGCACCGUGCGCAAGGUGGUGCUGGAGGUGGCGCGCGAGCAGGGCCUCACCAUCAGGUUGGAGUGUCCCCGAAUCGUGGAGGCAGAGCUUUGGGAGAGUUGCUUCAUUUGUUCGACCUCUCGCUUGGUGAAGCCCGUGCGUGAGCUCGUGGCAUCAGGCUGCACGAGGCAAUUUCCCGAAGUGUCCCUCGCUCAUCGCAUCGAGGAGCUGGUCCUUCGAGCAGUUCAGGCGCACUCGGAGCCGCUCCAGCCAAUAUUCAUGAUGGCUGGAUGGCUCAAGCUGAGAAGAUUUGUUGGCGAAAUUCUUGGAAGUGAUGUGGGGUCCGGGGUGAAGCCACGCAGACGCUGCGGCCGAAGCCACCCCAUGUACAGGGUCUUGGUUGCCGCACUUCUCUGCUUCCAACAGGCGUGGGCCUAUGCAGGCACCGUGUCCGCAGGAUCAGCCUUGGAAGGCGACACGGAGGAAGCAGAGGGGGCAGAGGGCAUGCCCAAAGUGAAAGAUGAAGGCGAGGAAGAGCCGAAGGAGGCCAUACCCGCCGGCGAGUUGGCCAGGAUGGUUUUAGUCACUACGGAGGAUGAGGAUUCUCAGACGUACGAGCAAGCACAGGAGUCCUGCCAGUCCUUGGAAAAGAACGGCGACUCCUGGCAUCUUUGCUUCAAAGAUGAAGUCGAACGGGAUUGGAAGGAGUACAUGCUGAAAGCCAGCGGUGCUUAUGGAUUCCGUGCCUGGCUGGACGAGCGCAACUUUAGCGAAGCCGGCUGCAUCCACAACGGGAGGAGGACGGAAGCCAAUGCGGAGGGCCCGAAUUGGGCCUGCGGAUAUCAGAAGGACAAGAAGUUCAACUCCCUGUGCUGUGUGGAUAUGGCUGAUGUCUCCGUCAGGACGGCGGGCAACAUGAACGUCCAAAACUUCAGCCAGGCCGAGGCGACGUGCACGGCCUACCGCAGCCACCUCUGUGCCCAAGCGGAAGCGGAAUCCUUCGUUGCCAAUUUGGGACUUGGAUCGACCUGGGUCGCUUGGGGUGCCAAAGGCUGCACCCUGGAAGCAGCCAAAAAGAAUUGGACUUGUGGAGACGCCUCAACCCAAGCCAGCCAGUACGACGCCCUCUGUUGCCUUGACCAGGAUCCUUUAAAAGGCCUGUGGCCAAACCAUCUGGGCGACAUUUGGAGCCUCCAGGACCGCGCGGACUGCUCGAACAAGCUGGCCAUCGCAGAUGGGGCCUGCGAGGACUUCAACGGCCAGCUCAGCGCCUGCGGCAGCAAGCUCGAGAACCGGAGUGGGCUGUCGGGCGGCCUACGAGCGACAGCGAAAGGCGGUCGGCCGCAGGUGGUUCGCCCCUCCGUUCGUGUCCGCAGUUGGCCCCCGGUCGUUUGUCAGUUCGACCUGCCGGGGGCGCCGCGGGCGCCGCGGGCGCUGGCACCACCCGCCCAGGUGUCCCCCGACCCGUCCAAGUGCCUCCGGCACGCGGCGGAGGUGGGGGAACAGCUCGGCCAGCGCGGCCUGCCUACCGCCCAGGUGGUCAGCUUUUCCCAGAAACACGCCUUGAGCCGCCUUCUGAAAGCAGGCGGGUGCUCGCCCUGUGCGGCACUUGACGUUCUGAACCCGGCCUCCGUCGCAAGGAGCCCGCACCAGCAUCAGCCUCCGGCCGUGGCAGGCACGCUGGUGGAGGGCGGCGUGUGCGCUUCACGCCCACUGGUGAAGGAGUACUUGGUGAGCUUCGGCCCGAUCCAAAAGUUGCAUGAGCCCGAAGCCGAAGCGUUGCGACCCCAGGGCACCUUCGACGUGGAGUUCCUGGAAGAGGCCUCGGCGGCCCACGCGGCUCGGGAGCUGGACGGCAUGAUGUGGGCACAGGGGGAGCAGCCUCUACGAUGCUACAGGGUGCCCGUGCAGGACCCGACGCCCUCCGAGUACCAGGUUUACCAGUUCUAUGUUGACGAGCUCUUGACGUGCAACCAUGCGGCCAGCAACAUGGACCGGCAGGUCUUUCUCAGCGAGCUGCCUUUGCAGGAGUAUGAUGAGGAUGCGCUCCGGGGGUGGCUGAAAGACUUUGGGGAGAUUCAGAACUUCGGCCUUCUCAAGGAUGGGAACCUCGAGUGCACAGGGCAUGCCUAUGUCACCUUCACGGCCCAUGAACAUGCUGUGUCCUUGGUGGACACAUUGGCCGAAGAGGACGGUGAGUUCAUCGAUAUCAAGGGCUCGUGGUCACUGUCGGAGAAGAUGGUGCAGAAGGCACAAGGACCGUUCAGAGGAGACACCAUCAUUUCUCUGGCAAACAGAUUGAGGGCGAUGCAAGAGAACCUCAAGUGCGACAAGCUCCUGAUUGGUGGGGACAGCUGGCCUUCGACCUCAGCAGAGGUGGUCGAACUCCUGGGCCGGAAACCCUACACGCAAGCCUUGUACAUCGUGGCCCGAACGAUCAUCUCGAAGGAUCUCCUCAAGCAGAAGUUGAAGGCCAUCCUCACCCAAGCGACCAGCCAUCCCAUCAAGAAGGCGCAGACGCCAGGGCAGGCGGUGCAAGCUCCCAAAGCACCCCCACAGCCCGCAGGCCCUCCGCCACAGCCAGGAUUGCGCCCUGCGGGCACUGCGGGCGCGCCAGCUCCUCGGCCCCGACCGCCACGGCCCACGGGUCCUUCCACCGGCCCGUCCGCGGGUCCGUCGGCAGGACCGUCGGCAGGCCCGACUCCGACAUCAAUGGCGGGCCGACCGCAGACCGUUUAUUCACCGCCAACUUCGGGAAGCGGGAGAAUUCGGGCCAGCGGCCCCUCAGUGCGGCCAGCAGCAGUGCCAGCACGCGGCACUGCCGCAACAGCAGCCGUUCCCGCCCCCGCUCCCGCGCCAGCCGCUCCAGCUGCCCCGGUGGCGCCACUCUCCCCAUGCAUCGUGGUGCGCGGGAUUGCAGGGAGCUGGACCGAGCAGCAGGUGAAGCUGAUCUUCACAGUCUUCGGUGGUGUGGCGGCCUUGCAGCUCGUGGAGGAGUCGAAAGGUGGCCGCUUCGCCCGGGUGCAGCUGAAGACGCCCGAGAAGAUGGCCAAGGCUGUCGAACAGCUCAACAACACGCAGGUUGGAGAUGGCGAGCUGAUGGAGGAGUGCACUCUCACCUGCGAGCUUCAAGGGGUGGCCGAUGCAAGGCCGCUGCAGGUGUUUGUGGAUGAGCUCGCCUUGGAGCUGCCGCCCAAUGCCACGGACUGCGAGCUCUACAUGCGCAACUUGCCCGUCGCAGACUGCCUGGAGGAUGACAUCAUGGAGUGGCUCAGUGGCUUCGGAGACGUGAAGGACCUCUACUUGCUCCGCUCAGAAGAUGGCCAGCCGACAGGGCAGGGCUAUGUGCGCUUCUCCUCGAACAAGCAAGCACAAGACUGCCUCGAGGCCAACUCGACGCCAGAGGAUGCCGAAGAGGGGGACGUGAUCGCCUCCUGGUCCCAGAGCGAGAGGCUUCAGGCGCCUGGCAUGGGCACGGCCCUGCUGGGCAGCAUCGACCAGAGCUUCUUGCAGUCCGUCGCCAAAGCUGCCAAGGUUCAGAGCCUUUGGCUGCUUGGGGAGGGCCGGGCGGCCGUGGGACUGGGCCCGAAGGCGCCGAAGCCGCAGGCGAAGCAGCUGCACUUUUCCAGCGAUUGUGCAGAGGCAGAGCUUCCCCAAGUCAAGGAGCAGCUGCAGAAGGCCUUCUUGGGCCAGCUCCAGGCUUGCAGAGCCAAGCAGGCGAAAGAGGCCGAGGAGAAGGCGAAAGAGAAGGCCAAGGAGGAGGCCGCGGCCGCGGCAGCCGCGGCCAAGAAGGAGGCCGAGAAGGCCAAGCCAGGCAAGAGCACCGGCAAUACCAAGUCGCAGGAGCUGCCGCCCGGAAUGUGGCAUCCAGCGCCGUCCUACGGCUGGCAAAGACCUCCGGCUCCGGCCUGGGGCUGGCCCGCGCCCGCAGCCGCGGUGGCGCCCGGCUGGGGCGUCACCGGGUCCGCUUGGGGCUGUCCCUGUGCUGGCGGUGCGGGCGCUGAUGCCUCUGCGGCUUCCUCAGCCAAGGACUCGCCCCAGAAGCCGAAAGGCAAGCAGGAGAAGGUGGCAGAGGGCGAGGAGCACACUGAGUACAUUCAAAGCAAGGUGAAUCCGAUCCUCGAAAGCCUCGUGACGGAGGUCUUGCUGGAGCGCCCGGAGAAUCCCGUGCCUUUCAUGGUUCGAUGGCUCGCUGAGCGCUCCAAGGCUGGCAAGGACUCCUUGUACUCGCUCGGAGUUGGCGAAGCAGAACGUCUGCGCAACGAAAUUCGUGAACUUCAGGACGAGAUUAAAGCCCUCUCGGACAAGGUGGGCGACGCGAAAGCCAAGGGUGAAGAGAAGGAAGAGAAGCCACAGCCGAAGGGAGAAACGGAGGCUGUUGCUGCGGCACCGGCGGAUUCCCCAGGGGAGACUCAGAAGCAAGAGAAGCAGGAAGGUGCCGGCGGAAAAGAGGAAGGAGCGGAAGAGGAGGAGGAGAAGGAGGAAAAAGAAGAGGGCGGAAAGCAGAACCCAGAUGACAGUGAGGAGGAGGAGGACGAUUUCGGAGAUGAUGACGAAGACGAUGUGGAGGAUGAUUGGAAGCCACCGACCGCGUACAUGAAGAAGGGACAGCGAGGAUCUGUGUCCGCAGAGGCCUACGGUGCGUUCAACCAGAAGAAGGCCUUCGAGCCACCGGUUUACGAGAAGUCGACUGAGCAGGAGGAGCGUAUCAACGCCGUUCUGUCGAAGAGCUUCCUCUUCAACGCGCUGAGCAAGGAUGACCUGAAAGUCAUCCUCGGUGCCUUCUUGGAAAAGAAGAUCCCUGCUGGUGAGCGCAUCAUUCAGGAGGGAGAUGAUGGAGACGUGAUGUUCCUGAUCGAGUCAGGGGCCUUUGAUUGCAUCAAGAAGAUCGAUGGCUCGGACAAGGUCGUGAAGAAGUGCGGUCAGGGCGACGUCUUUGGUGAGCUGGCGUUGCUUUACAACUGUCCUCGGGCUGCGUCGGUGGAAGCCACCGAAGAAGCGGUGGUGUGGCAGCUCGAUCGCGAGACCUUCAGCCACAUCGUUCGAGAUGCGUCCGCCAAGCGGCGCGAUAACUUCAUGGACUUCCUGAAGACCGUGCCCUUGUUCAAGCCGCUGGAGAGCUAUGAUCUGAUGCAGCUUGCCGACUGCCUUCAGCAACAGACCCUGGCGGAAGGGGAGACGAUCCUGAAGCAGGGCGAUCCGGGAGACACCUUCUACCUCGUGGAGGAGGGCGACCUGGUGGCCACGAAGACGCGGGAAGGUGGCAGCCAGGAGGAAGUGCAUCACUACAAGCGCGGUGACUACUUCGGGGAACUGGCGUUGCUGAAGAAUGAGCCCCGCGCAGCAACCGUCUCGGCAAAGACAGACUCCAAGAUCUGCAAGAUCGAUCGCAAGUCCUUCAAGAACAUCCUUGGGCAGCUCGAGGCUCAGUUCAAGGAAGCGGCGACAAAGUACAAGCCGUGA